AUGCCUCCCAAGCGCAACCAGAAGGGCUCGAACAAGUCGUCCAAGGCUCCGUCCAAGGUCGCAUCCAAGGCCCCCUCGGGCGCGUCCACCCCCGCCCUCCGGACAGAGCCUCAGACGCCCGUCAAGCUCGCCCCGGGCCUCGUCGGCCUCACCUUUGGACAGAGCUUCUCGAGCGUCGCAGUCAUCGACAAGGAGGGUCUCGCCGACUGCAUCGCCAACGACGACGGCGAGCGACAGAUCGCGACCGCCCUCUCGUUCAGCGGGUCAGAGUUCUACUCGGGCAUCCCUGCUCGCGCCCAGCUUGUCCGCAACGCAGAGAACACCGUCCUCGCCUUCCGCAACCUCCUCGGCAAGACCUACGACGAGGUCAAGGAUGUCAAGCAGCCGUCCAACUCGGCGCCGAUUGUCGACUCGAACGGCGUGCCCGCGUUCAAGGUCGACAUUGACGGCACCGCGACCGUCCUGACCGCGCACGACUGCGCAGUCCGCUUCCUCCGCGUCCUCGUCUCGUACGCAACCGACUUCCUCGGCCGACCCAUCACCGACGCCGUCCUCGCCGUUCCCACCGACUUCUCCGACAAGCAGACCCAGGCUCUCCUCGCUGCUGCCGAGGAGGCCGGCGUCCACGUUGUCCAGACCGUCCCCGAAGCUGCCGCCGCCCUCACCGCCUACGCCGCGACCGACCUCUCGUCGACCGAUGUCGACAAGCUCCCUAUCGACCGCAACACCGUCGUCCUCGAUGUCGGAGCGACCUCGACGACCGCGACUGUCGUUGCCGUCCGCGACGGCCUCUUCCAUGAGCUCGCGAGCGUCGUCGACCGCUCGCUCGGCGGCGACCUGUUUGACGAGAAGUUGAUGGACUGGUUCGGCAAGGAGUUCACGAAGAAGACGCGCGUGCCGCUCGAGAAGUCGAACCACCGCGCGCAGAUGAAGCUCCGCCUCGCGGUCGAGAUCACCAAGAAGUCGCUCUCUGCUUCGACGUCGGCGCCUUGCUCGGUCGAGUCGCUCGCCGAGGGCAUGGACUUCCACGGCACGAUCAACCGCACCCGCUUCGACCUCCUCGCCGCCUCCGUCUACUCCCGCAUCCUCGACCAGGUCACCGCCGCGCUCGAGCAGGCCAAGCUCGACCCGCUCCAGAUCCAGGAGGUCAUCCUCGUCGGCGGCACGACCAAGCUCCCGACGCUCACCAACAAGCUCUACGACAUCUUCCCCGAGUCGACCGUCGUCUCGAGCCAGAUCGAACCCGACGAGGUCCUCGCCAAGGGCUCGGCGCUCCAGGCCCAGUCCAUCCUCGCCACUUUCCCGCCCGAAUCCCCCAACCAGAAGGACCUCAUCCGCGCUUCGACGACCGAACAAGCCGUCAUCGCGCCCGCCGCUCUCUCGCUUCCCCUCGGAUUCGUUCUCGAGCCCGAACUCGCCAACGACCCCGCAAACCUCGCGUUCGUCACCCUCCUCGACCAGCACACGCCCCUGCCCGCACGGAGGAUCGUCGACAUCCCCAUCGAGAGCGACGCGACGAACGAGGUCAUCCUCGCGCUGUGGGAGGGCGAGCCUUACAUCAAGGUCACCCUUCCGGAGAGCAAGAUCGAGCAGGCCAAGAACGCGGUUGCGGCUGCGGCGGGUGCUGUCUUUGAUGCGGUCAAGAAUGCGACGGGCGCAGGAAAGGGCGAGGACGACGUGACGGACGACGAGGACGAGGAUGAGGAGAUCCGCACGGUCGAGGUUCGCGCGACGAAGGCCAUCACCGACCUCGUCAUCCCCGUCGACGCGUCCAAGAAGGACGCCAAGGUUCGCGUUACGAUCGUUGUCGAGAAGGAUGGAAAGGGCCACCUCGAGGCGCAGCAGCAGGUUCCCGGCGCCCAGUCCGUCCGCAAGGACUUCUGA